AUUGACACUUUUGGUUACUAGCUGAUCCAUAAAAGAAGUGCGGCUUCCGCUUGUUGCCCUUAAUUUGCACGCGUCUUGAAUGGAGGAUCAUAAAAAGGUGUUAUUUGUGUUGCACUUACUUCUUGACCUAAUGUUAUCAACAAGCCCGUUCUUCGGGUCAACAAACCAUCAUAAUCAUCUAUGUCUUCCGAUCCCGUCGGUUCUGCCAUAGCCUCGGCUGGGGUAACAGAUGAACCUUCUUCGGAAAACUCGAAGCCGAUCAAACAUUCCACUCCACUCGAUGGAAUGGAAGAUGGCAGUCUAUCAUUGGAAGUAGAUCGACAAACAGGCAAACAUGACGAGUACAGCGAUGACGAAGAUGGGCCGGUGGUUUUUGAUGCAAAUGAUGUAGGCCUCGGAAAGGACCAAGGUGAUAGAAGUGGAGACGUUAGGCAUAACCAUCAACGAACAAGAUCGGAAUCAUCCUCAGGUUCAAACUUCUCACCUUCUCUCGGAAGAUCUUCCUUGGCACGUGCUUCAUUGGAAUCUGUCGGAUUCAGCUAUCGGGAUCAUCUACUACCACUAUCGCUAAGCGGCGGUGAUGGCGAUGAAUCGAGCGAAAUGAUUGAGGGUGGGUAUGGACAAUCGGAGCAAAUGACAUCAUCCAGGACCGGUUCGGGAAGAAGAGGGGGCAGAUUAGCGAAAGAGGAAAGAAGGGUAGGAUUAGUCGAUGGAAUAGCAUUAACAGUAGGACUGCAGAUAGGAAGUGGAAUUUUCUCGUCACCUGGAAUUGUCACUCUAAAUACUGGAUCAAUCGGUGCCAGUUUACUGGUUUGGCUAGCAAGUGGUGUGCUAGCAUGGACUGGUGCGAGUUCAUUCGCUGAAUUAGGAGCUGCCAUUCCGCUAAAUGGGGGAUCACAAGCAUAUCUAAAUUACUCCUUUGGACCUUUGAGUGGCUAUUUGUUCUCCUGGUCGGCUAUCGUAUGCUUGAAGCCGGCAUCAGCAGCUAUCAUGGCAACAAUCUUUGGCGAAUACGUUGCACGCGUGUUGUACCAUACCACAACUUCAGCAGCGGGAGAUCCUCAUGAGCAAGGCUUACAAGGUAUUCCAGAUUGGAGCAUCAAACUUAUUGGAAUAGCCAUCGUGACGCUUGUCACCGCACUCAAUGCUCUAAGCGCUAAACUUGGUAUGAGGGCGCAAGUGACUUUGACUUUACUAAAGCUUGGUAUCAUGCUUUCCGUUCCGAUUUUGGCAAUAAUUCAAACGGCAAGAGGGAAGAUGCCUGAUGCUUCUAGGACUGCAUUUUCGAGUCUGUCAAACAUGUUUGAAGGAUCAGCAAGUGGGCCUGGUGCAUAUGCUUUGGCUUUGUAUAGUGGUCUAUGGGCCUUCGAUGGUUGGGAUCAAGCAAGCUAUGUUGCAGGAGAAAUGAAAAAUGUAAGCCGCGAUUUGCCAAGAGUGAUACAUAUCAGUUUGGGUAUCGUUGUCUUUCUAUUUUUGACAACAGUCGUUUCAUACUUUUUGGUUUUGACACCAAACUUGGUGUCUCAGACGAACACUGUCGCAUUGGAUUUCGGAUCAGCAGUAUUGGGAUCUACGGGUGGCAUUCUAUUUGCUCUCAUUGUUGCAUUCUCGUGCUUUGGUGCUCUUAAUGGACAAGUGUACACAACCGCCAGAUUGGUCUAUGCAGCCGGACGUGAAGGGCAUCUUCCCGCUGCUUUCGGACGUAUUCAUCACCGGACACGAACACCUUUGAAUGCAUUGCUUUUGCAAGUAUCUUUGAUUUACUUGUUCCUGCUGUUCGGAAGUGGAUUCGCCAGCUUGGUCAACUUCUAUGGAGUAUGUGCAUGGACCUUUUACUUCUCAACCGUUCUCGGCCUGCUCUACUUACGAAUCAAAGAGCCAAAUCUAGAGAGACCUUAUCAAACUUGGAUUUCAACUCCGAUUGCAUUUUCAGCCGUUGCUUUAUUCUUACUUUGUAUGCCAAUCUUUUCCGCCCCGGGAGAAGCUUUGGCCGCUUUGCUGUUUAUUUCUGCUGGUAUUCCUAUGUAUUAUGCCACGCAAACAUCAGGCAGAGAAAGCAUAUCGCACAUUCCAGGUAUGGCCAAACUCGUUGGCGGACUACAAAGUUGUAUGGGUAGACAAAACGGAGGAAUAGGAUCCGGUACAGCAGGCAGAGGAGGAGAUGGGUCAGCAUUAUUUGGAAGGAGGAGAAUAAGAAGGACAGCAAAAGGAGCGGGAACGUCUGCUUUGGAUGGCGGAAGAUUGGAAGAUUUGCAAGAAGAUGAAGAAGAAGGGGACGAAGAAGAAGCAUUGGAGAUGUUACCUAGGGAUAGCUUGGGUGGCGUACAGGAUAUGGAAGGCAAAGAAGACGAAAGCGAAAGAGGGGAAAGAUCAUAGUAACGUAUUUGAUCGCAUGCUGUAAAUCGA